AUGACGGCAUUCACUUACACCCACUCACCCUCCCUCGCCCCCCUAACAACUCAAUCCCCCCAAACCCUCUCUGCAACCAGCAACCCCCCCAUCGACCACCUCAUGACCAGCGUCAUGGUCCUCCGCCAAUCUCACUCUCACUCUCACUCUCAAAACAAACUCCCGCCGCAAAUUCUCCUCCUCCGUCGCCACCCAGCAGAUUCCUACCCCCUCAAAUGGGAACCCCCCGGCGGCUCCAUCGACCCUUCCGACAUCACGGUUCUCUCCGCCGCAGCCCGCGAACUCCACGAGGAAACGAACCUCUCAAACCCUCAUUUCCACACAUGGGUCGCCAUGGCGCGGGAAUUAAACACCGAGGAAGCUUCGCGGAUGAAGAACUGGGGUGUUUUGCCGGAGGAGGAACUCGCGAGGGAUGUGGAUGUGAAGAUUGAUGGGGAAGGGAAUGUAGUUAGGGUGACGACGUUUUUGGAGACAAAGGAUGUUUGGGGGAAGAUGAAUUUCGUUGCUACGGUGGAUGAGGGUGCGGAGGUUGAGAUUGAUCCUGAGGAGCAUGUUGAGUGGGGGUGGUUUACGGAGGAGGAGGUGAGGAGGGGCCGGGCUGUUUUGCCUUUGGAGAAUGGGAAUGGGAUUGUGAAUGGAGAGAAGGAGGAGAAGGAGAGAAUGUUGGAGUUUACGAGUCAGGCGGUUUGGGGGUCUGUUUUGGAGGCGUUUAGGGUGGGUAGGGAGUUGGGUGUGAUUGUGUGA